AUGGCACACCCUUUUGCACCCCGCAGUUCCCGCUCUGUAUCUGCAUCUCCGUCGACCGAGUCAAGUCUUACUGACUCGAGCGUAUCCUCUUAUACCCGUAUUCCAUCGCCCAUCAAGUUCAUCCCUGCCUCCAAGCCAACCACUCCCCUGCGAAUUGCCAUCCCUCCAGUCAACCUGACUCCGCAGGAAAAGGCCAUGCUCACCUUCAUAGAUCUUUGUACUCCCGCAAACUCUCCGGUCUCUGAUACACUGUCUGACUCUGAAGUCAUCGAACUAGCUUCAGCCCCCACUGCACCAACCACUGAGGCUCUCCCGACCUCUAUUUCUGGGAGCUCGUGGAUACGGAACGCCCUCUCUGGUCCUCCUGCGUUUGAUACGCUCAUGGACAGCCCAAAGGGAGGGCUCCAAACACGCCCGGCCACUCCGGAGACUCCUACCAAGCCGGGACCUCCUAGACGUGGUAUCCGCAGCUCUUAUGGCCUACCAGUAUCAGACGAGCGCUACAAACAGCUCUGCAGCACGUCACUUCCCAUUGGCAACCCAUCUGAGAGUCAAGCCAAUUCUCCCACCAUACACGCUAGCCAGGCCCCUCUCCCUUCCAAUUCACCCAAGAUCGACUAUGAACAGUUAGCAAAGAAGAACAUUGAGACGAAGCGGGGUCCAGAUGGAUCAUAUGGAGAUUGGGUUCUUCCGACGAUGGUGAAAGGGGCGAAACGUACUACGCUCAAACAUGCGAUGCCUAUCCAGAGACCGAUCAUGGUCAUGAACAAGCGUCCCCGGGCUCCUGGCCCCCGCCACCGUGAAACUUGGGAUACCGACUUCGAAGGCCAUCAAAAGGACAUCACACCAUGGAACGACAAUGACCCCAGGUCGAUGCUUGAUCUUCCAUUCAAAAAAAUCAGUGCUCCACUCAAGGACAAGACGUCGUCCUUUUGGGUUGUUACGCGAGGUGCACUCAUGGGCGUGUUUGAUAAAGAGGAGGACGUUUUGAAGAGCACACGAGGAUUUUCAUUUGCUGUAAUCAAGGGUUUUCCUGACCAGUUGAAUGCUUUGCUUGUGUGGGACACUGCAUGGAAAGAUCACCUCAUCGGGCGAAAUGCAGCACCCAAUAAAUUUCCGGAUCCCAUGCAGUCAUUUGAUGACGAGCAAUCAGGGAAAAUCGGGCUGUUUGAUAAAGGUAAAGUUCCUGACAAGCAGAAGCUGUACUGGGUGGUAAUUGCCAGUCUCGCCCCCAAGAUCUAUACCACGUAUGAAACCACAUUGAACGCCGCUGGAAAAAUCAACUAUAGCCUUGUAAAAAUUGCAUUCUCCGAGAGGCGCGCACUUGAUGCCCUUCAUGACGCAGUCGGGCGUAAACAAGUUGAAUAUGUUACAUCCAAGCCCCGUCCCUCCAUCCCCAACACUGCGUAG